CUACGUCGGUGCUGGUGGUAGUAGUACCAGGUAACGAGCGGAGGCACCCAAAGCCAAUCCCAAAAGUGGAAAGCGCAAAGGUCAACACUGAACCUGCAAACUUGCUCUGUCUUCGCCUUCGCGCUCUCAAACAGAAACCAUAAUAUCCCAGCGUAUCUUCUCUGGGGCAAUUGAGUCGAGUUAUUAAUGGGUCGACGGAGGAAUUCAUCGGCAAUGAACAAGCUAUUUACAUGGGUGAGGAGGCAGUCCAUGAAGGUCAAGGCUUUCUUGGCCGUGACUUGUCUUCUCUCAGCAUUGGUGGCUCUCAAAUUGCUUAUUAAAGAUCACGACCACUUUUUUGUUGCCUCUGAGGCUGCACAUUUUUUGGGCAUCAUCGUCCUGAUUUAUAAGCUCUCCAGUCAAAAGACUUGUUCCGGCCUUUCAUUAAAGUCUCAGGAGCUGACGGCUAUAUUCUUGGGUGUCAGAGUAUUCUGUAGCUUUUUCAUUGAAGGGGACAUUCACACCGUUCUUGAUUUUGUCACCCUUGUGUCAACAUUGUGGGUUAUAUACAUGAUAAGAUUUAAACUGAAGUCAACCUAUGCCGCUGAGCUGGACAAUAUGCCGAUAUACUAUGUGGUGGUGCCUUGUGCCAUUCUGGCUGUGCUUAUUUAUCCUUACACUAGUCAUGCUACAAUAUACAGGAUUCUUUGGGCUUUUUGUGUUUACCUGGAAGCCAUUUCUGUGUUGCCUCAGCUUCGCAUGAUACAGAAUGCCAAGAUGAUUGAAGCUUUUACAGCCCAUUAUGUGUUUGCUUUGGGAGUUGCCAGAUUCUUUGGCUUUGCUCAUUGGAUAAUUCUGGUUUCUGAUACUGCCGGACUGAAUCUGCUUCUGGUUAAAAGCGGAUACCUUUGGCGGCUGGCUGUUUUCCUGGCAGAGGUGGUCCAGACCUUCAUAUUGGCCGACUUUUGCUAUUAUUAUGUCAAGAGCCUCGUCGGUGGUCAAGUUCUAGCCAGUCUACCCGUCUAAUCGCUAUAGUCAUAUCUCACACAGAUCAUGGCCAUGCAAUUGGAUGGAUGUUCCAUAUAUACCUACCUACCCAUGCUGGUAAUCUUGGACAGAAAUUGUUUACCUUGUACUUAGUUCUCUUCUUCUUCUUCUGUAGUCAUUUUACCAUGCAAAUUCUCUUGGAAUGUACUUCUGGUGGGUCUCUCUUGGAUGUUUUGAUUACAUAGUGGUGAAUAUUAAAAUCGUAAUAAUGAACAUGGUAAUUCAAACUCUUGAUAACUUGA